AUGGGCUACUACGCCUUCAAGCCCUCCACGGACGAGCGGUAUCUCGAAAUAUACAGGCCAGACUGCUGGGGUGUCCGUGCGAUGGGAUACGUGUUUUGGGAUACGGACAGGUUGCGCCAGCCCGCAGUCUGGGUCAGGUUGAAGGAGGCUAGCAAAAUGGGGGGCGAUCGUGCCAGGGCUGCGUACGACCCGUCCCUGCAUGAAAGUGCGGAGGAGAAGCUGCAAGGUGUCCGGCUCUCGGCCGAGCUGAUGAAGGAGAUUAAGGGUGGGUGUUUCUGA